AUGGUCGUGGUUAUUUUUGCUAAUCAUCCAAAUGAUCAAGACCAAUUGAAAGCAAUCGUAUCUUGGGUAUCAACCUUUCAAUUGCCGCCACCACUACCACCCAUCACCAGUCCUACAAACCAAGAAGAAGAAGAAGUAUUUCAUCUCGAUACUUUUAUGCGAGAUGAAGACUUGUCAUGGUUGGACAAUGAUAUUAGGUUGGUCGAAAUAUUAGAUCAACUCAAAUUACAUUUUGAUCACAAUGGACUAUCAACCACUCAACAACAAGUAUCAUCAAGUCAAGAUUAUUUUCAAUCAAAACUAUCUUUAAUAUUAAAUCAUUAUAAUACUGUAAUCAAAGAUAGUAAUAACUGUAAUAAUAAGAAACAAUUUAAUACUAGUAAUAAUAGUAAUAAUAAUAAUAAUAAUAAUAAUAAUAAUAAUAAUAAUAAUAAUAAUAAUAAUAAUCAAAGAAUCAAUUUUGAAAUAGUAAAGUCAAUUAUAAUGUGUGACAAUUCAAUUACAACAUCCUAUUUUAUAUUGACAGCACCGAUGGGAGGCAAUAAGAUUGUUGAAAUUUGUUCACAUUCUGAUAACCCACAAGUAUUCAAGUAUGCCGUAACUGUUCAUUGGGGAGCUAAGCUAGACAUGGCCGCCAAACGAUCACUCUUGGCUAUAUUUCAACACUCGUUUGAAAAUGGUAAAGUUAACUCUGUUACCAAUAUUUUCAAGUCUGGUCUAAUUGACCUAACAAAGAUUCACUCCAAUUGGAAACCAGACCCAUUUUACUUGGACCAAUUGUUUGAUAUAUUCUCAAUUAAAAAAGAAGGAGGAGGGGGAGGAGGAGGUAACUAUUCACCUCCUUCAACCUUACUAUUUGAAAUAUACAAAUAUGCAGCUCUACUUGGUAAAAGUAAUAUUGUACAAUCAUGUUUAUCACAUGUCAACACACAGCCUACCCAACUCUUAUCAAUCUUUAAACAUGCAAUUUUGGGAGGCAACUAUUCAAUGGCACUUGAAAUCAGAGAUUGUGGUAUAGGGUUGGACUUUUAUCAAGCACAAGGUGAAAUUGAUCUAUUUCGCAAGACCAUUACAAUACUGUGUGGCAAUCGAAUUCAAGAGGCAAUACAGUUUAUAAUUGAUUGGGAUGGUGGUCAAAUCAUUCACUCUAAUUGGCAAUCAACAGUCACCAUUACUAUCUAUCGACAAAGAAUUGAUAUAUUAUCAAAAUUUAUUGAUUUAGGUAUUAUUAGUAAAGAUAAUCCAAUUAGACUGGGAACAUUUGUAGUUGGACAAUCAACAUUUCUUUUAGAAUGUUUGGAUACAUUUCCCGUUGAGUGUUUUGAUCAUCCUGCGAUGACCAAAAAAUAUUGGAAGGCAUUGAUUAGGAAAUCUAGAUUACAUUGUCAGCUUGAUCUAGUAGCUAGAGUAGUCAUUAAAUAUUUUGAUUACAAAGACACUAAUAAUCCUAAUCUAUUGGCCAAGGAACGAAAUAUCAAACUAUUUCUAGAAGAUUGUCUAAACACUUGUAAAUUAGAUAGUUCUAUCAACCCUUAUCAACUCAAAACAAGAAUAACUAAAGUAUCCAAACAACAUCAACAACUGAUAACAGAGUCAGAAGAAGAAAGGUCAAUCUAUUAUUACAAUCAACGUUUUGUCAGACUUUAA